AUGAGCACAAGUCCUCAAGAGGAUUGGAGGACAUAUUUGGAGCCCGCGAGGCGAUCUGUCUCGCUAAGUUCAUCACCUUCUUACCAUCAUUCUUUUGGGCCGCAAUCAGAGAACGAGCCCAACGAUUCGCACCACUCAUACCUACCACUGCAGCAGUCGGGGUCACACCGCGCGUUUCAAGACCCGACCCCAUAUUUCCAGAGCCGGUUUAACCCGGCAAAUCAGAUUGAAGAACCAAUGGGUCAUAACCCAUUAGGCCCCGAAGACCAUUUCCCUGAAGCUCAGGACAUGGAGAUGGAUGAUAACCCGGAUCCCGCCAAACCACCAUCUGGGACACUGACUCACCCCAUCGAGAUUUCGGAUGGGUCGUCUUUUCAUGGAUCACCUUAUCAUGGUCCAGACAGCUAUGAGGCGAGGUUUUCCCAAUACGACUGGGUGUUUACUCCCUCUUACAACCCGUCUCCGCAGCAGCAACAGCAGGAUCCCUCGAAGGAUUCACGUUUUGUAGCAGUCACUCCUCCGCUACCACCGCCGCCAGAGCAGCAACCGCCUCCGAAGCCACCGAGGCAUAGGAGAUCAGGAGCACGGAUGUCCGUGCGAGGGGGAUUCCAUUUUAGCACCCCUCAGCAUUCAAGUGGCAGUCAUUACCCGCCACUAUAUGAAGACCCACAGAUGGAUGGGCCUUCAAACCCAGUUUCUGAGGUGGAAUCUGCGCCAGUCGCACCACCACCAUCAUACAUAGGUUAUGAUAACCCGAUUCCUUCCUACGCUAGUCCAGCAGCGUAUAACCCUUUCGAGCAGCCAGCCCAUACUAACUACAACUACGCCGAAGUUGACCCAUACCUCGUAGCGGCGAACUACAAUACUCUCCAUCCUGAAGGGCCCUAUGGAGCUCCCUGGGGGACUGGAUACCCAGCCUAUGGGUACCAAUACCCGCCACCUCCUCAACCUCUGUAG